AUGGCGCCCAGCCAAUUCCACAUUACGGAAGAAUCUUGGGGCAACCACUACCGCGUGGCGACGACCAACAGCGGCGGCUCGACACAACACUUCUUCGUCGAGAAUUGGCCUUUCGAUCCACACCGGCCUGACCUUGCAAUCCACGCCGGGCCUGACCCGAGCAGCCCCGUGCUCGCGCUCUCCAAGUUCCGACGGUUCUCGGCAGAUUGCGAAGUAGCAGUGCUGGCAGACGCCGGCGCGGAGCCGGAGUGGAUGCGGCUGGCCAAGGAGGGGCUCAUGUCGCCGAGAUAUGGGUUUGAUGGUGACGGGGGGCAGUUUGUGUGGAAGAAGACGCGGUCAAUGGGGAGCCAUGCGACUCCGCUGGGGAACAUGAAGUUGGUGGAGGCGCGGAAUUUGGAUGUGCGGGCGGUGUUCUCGUCAAAUUCGUAUACGCUAGUGACGGGGUCGCUGGAGAUGUAUGGUGAGUAA